UCCUUUGCUAACCCGUGUUGUAUACUACAAUGCCUGAGCCGGCCAAGUCCGCGCCCGCGCCCAAAAAGGGCUCGAAGAAAGCGGUCACCAAAGCCCAGAAGAAAGACGGCAAGAAGCGCAAGCGCAGCCGCAAGGAGAGCUAUUCCAUCUACGUGUACAAGGUGCUGAAGCAGGUGCACCCGGACACCGGCAUCUCGUCCAAGGCCAUGGGCAUCAUGAACUCCUUCGUCAACGACAUCUUCGAGCGCAUCGCCGGCGAAGCGUCCCGCCUGGCGCAUUACAACAAGCGUUCGACCAUCACGUCCCGGGAGAUCCAGACGGCCGUGCGCCUGCUGCUGCCCGGCGAGCUGGCCAAGCACGCCGUGUCCGAGGGCACCAAGGCCGUCACCAAGUACACCAGCUCCAAGUGAGUCCCUGCCGGGACGCGGCGCUCGCGCGGCUCGCCGCCCGCUUGACUCCAAAGGCUCUUUUCAGAGCCACCCA